GCGCUCUCCCCCUCGCCCGCGCGGGAAAACCAUAAAAAACUGCGCCGCCGCCCAAACCGCCUCCUCCUCCUUCCCCCGCAAGCCUCUCCCCCUUCCCCCCCCCUCUCUCCCGCCGCCCUCGCGCUCCUCCAUCGCCGAUGCCUCGCCUCCGCUCGGGCGCGGACACCGCGAGUGCAUCCGCGGGGGUCACACUUCCACCGUCGCCGUCGCCGCCGCCGCCGACGGAGAUGGCGGGCGGGUCGUCGGCGGGGACUCCGUGGCCGUCCCCGUCCACCGCCCUCACCCUCGGCCUCGGCCUCGGCCCCCCCGCCGCCGACGGAUCCCUCAAGUCCCCCGGCCUGGCGCCGCCGCCUCGCCGCAGCCUGCGCCUCGCCUCCGGGGCGGUGGCAUCCGGCGUCGCGAGCCCGACCACUACCCCGGCGUCGUCCGCUCCUGCUGCGGGGGCCGAUGGCGCUUCCUCCGGCUCUGGUUCCGCGUCGUCCGGGAGGAGGAAGGGGAGGGCACAAGCGAUUCCUGCCCCCGUUGCUUCUCCGACCAGCGCUGGUGAGUUUGGGGGCGGCGGCGAAGUUAGGGUUUGGGGCGGCGGUAAUCGUAGUGGUGAAGCGGCAUUCAUAAGCUUGCAAUCGGGGUCUAGGGUUGCGAAACGGUCGAUGGAGCUUGGUGUUCAAAUGGGUGGGGAGAUGGGUCUCGGAUCGAAUGGAGGUGGCGGGGCUGGAGGCCAGGUGCAUGAUGAAAUGCCACACCGGAAUGUGGAUAGUUCGGGGAAGCGUCGUAAGAUAGGGAUGGAGAUCCCAUACGUCUCUGAUUCAGAGAGUGACAAUGAUGAUGACUGCAUACUUCCAGGGGAGGAUGGCAGUAGGAUGCCGGUACAGUUAUGCGCUGCUUCUGAUUUGAUUGAACUGAAUCUGUUCACCAUGAGCAUGGGCAGGACAGAUGAAGGGAGAAUGGGUGAUUCUGUGAAGACAGGUAAAAAGAAAGCUAGUGGAGUUACUAUUCGAGAAAAUGACAUCCCCAUUGACGAGCAUGUGCACGGACAGAGUUCGGCAAUUGGUGAGAGUAUUGAGCUAUUAGCAUCUCCUAUGCGAAGUGCAUUAGGCGAAAACCAUGCAGGUAUGUAUUCCACAGAAGAGGAGAGAAGGCAGAAGGCUAGGUAUGAUGUUAAAGGCAAAGGGAAGCUGUAUUUGGGGAACGAUGAUUCUGGUGCUGGUACCGGGAUUGGUAAGUUUAGUCCCGAUAGUAAAGGAAAGGCUAAGAUGGUUGUGGAAGAGAGUUCAUUGUCUGUUAGCUCAGGUGCGGAUCAAAUGGAUUUGAACUCAGUGAUUUCUGAAGAGGUGCAGAGUUUCCCAGCAGAUCAUUGGGAACCACGUCGGAGAGAAAGGGCAAGACAGAGAGCUAUUGAAAUGGCUCCUAGGUUUGCAUUCUUCAAAGCAGAUGAAGAUGGACAUAGUGAUGAUGGUGAUGAUGAUGAUGACAAUGCAGAAGAGUUGGAACCGGUUCCUGAUCCUCAGGACUGGCCAGGUCCAUUUUCAACUGCAAUGAGGAUCAUUACUGACAGAGAAGCUAAACUGAGAGCUCGGGAGUUGAAUUCUUCCAACUUGAACAAGUCUGCUAAUAAGGUCAUUUCGUGGAUACCUUCCAAAGAUAGGAAAUCUCCACUGCGAUCUGCUCCAUCGCUUACUAGCUUGUGCUUGCAAACUCUUUCAAAUAAUGCUGAAGCUAUCGAAUCACUUGCUGGCAUUCCAGAUGAGCUAAAAAAUAGACUCUUAUCUAGUCUAUGCCAUUCUAGAAAGAUGAAUGUCCAUCUUCUUGGUGAACUCAUGUGUGAUAAUCCUGUGACAGUGCAACUCAGUGAGUGUUCAUGGUUGAGUGAGGAUGACUUUGAGACCAUUUUUGGGAAAUGCAGGACAGAAAUCUUGCAGGUUUUGCAGCUUGACUUAUCUGGGCGAUGCAUGCCUGACUACAUGUUGCCUGCUACCUUAGCAAAGGUUCCUAACAGCAUGCCAUUAUUGAAAAAAAUAUCUCUGAAGGGAAAUUACCGUCUUUCUGAUAGUGGGUUAGACACAAUAAUCUCUGCAGCCCCUUCUCUGAGUUCGCUAAAUUUGUGCGAGUGUUCUCUUCUCACUUCAACUGGAAUCGAGAAUCUUGCUAACAAGUUGAGUUUAGUCCUUACGGAACUAUAUAUUGAUGACUGCUUAAACGUGGAUGCCAUGAUGAUUCUUCCUUCCUUACAAAAGAUUAAGCAUUUAGAGGUUUUAUCAAUGUCUGGCAUACAAUCUGUCAGCAAUAAGUUUGUCAAUGAGCUUAUUCCUGUACACGGUUCAAAUCUGAAGGAGUUGGCAUUUGCUGGUUGCUUGCAACUGACAUCAUCUUCCAUUAAGACUAUUGCGGGGAACUGCCCACAAUUAUCUUCAUUGGACCUUCGCAACCUGAAUAGAUUGCGGGAUUCAGCAAUGAGACAUCUUCGCAAUGGUUGCCGGCUUAUAAAAAAAAUAAAGCUCCAAAGGAAUACAUUCAGUGAUGAAGCUGUGUAUCGGUUCUUGGAACAGUCUGGAGGAUACCUAACUGAGUUAUGCCUGAACAAUGUUGAGAAGGCUGGAAAUCUUACUGCUUAUGCAAUUGCUCGCAACUGUUCAACGCACUUGGAGGUUCUGGAUCUUUCCUUUUGCCGUGAACUGACCAAUGAAGCGUUGGGGCUGAUUGUCGACAGCUGCUCAUCAUUGAGAAUUCUCAAGCUAUUUGGGUGUACCCAGAUCACAGAUGUUUUCCUGAAAGGCCACUCAAAUUCGCUGGUUACAAUUGUUGGGAUAGAAGGGAAUAUACUGAAGCAAACGGGGAGUCUUUAGUUCCCAUGAUAACCUACAUUAAACUAGCCAUUCAGCUUAGUCAUGAUGUCGAAGCCCCUGAAGGUGGCUGUAGCUUCUGGCAGGGAAUAUUUUUGCAAGCCUACCCUGCUCUCUGCUGAUAUCAAUUAGAUGAUCCUAUAGAGGAUUAGCAUUCGAGUGUUUAACAUUCGUUCAUGUUAUGAAAAAUCCAACGUUACAUUACCAAAGUACCAAACUAUUGAAAGAAAGUGAACUGUAUCAUUUUGGUCACA